AUGCCUUUGGGAGCCGUGAACUUACCUGCCUCCCUCGACGACGUCAGAGUCAAGAAGCUUCCGCCAUCCUCUUACUACAUUGCAGAUUUCAUAUCAGAGGAGGAGGAACGCUUGAUUCUACAAAAGGAAGAUGGAGUCAUGGAACCAGAGCCUGUGGGAUGCAUUCUUCAGGAGCCCAGGAGUCUUCUCAUCACUACCGACGACCUCUACACCGAUUACCUCCACGGCAUUGCCGAUAUCGAAGAGGACGUCGAGCUGUCUGCCGAGACGAUCGUGAAUUGGGACCUUUUGCGGUCGCAAAAUGACUUUUCUGCCGGCCGAAGCGCGCGUGCGACCAGGACGAGUCUGACAUAUCGGGACGUCAUGCAGGUGUCGAAACUCGGAGCCAAGUUUGGCUUGUUUGGAAAGAAGUGA